AUGCAAACAACAAAUGGCAUUUCUAUUUUAUAAAUAAAAAAUACUCAAGUAUCAGUUUGCAAUAAUAAAAAAAAGGAAGAAUUGAUAUAGUUUGAUUAAUUUGACGAGGAUUUGAUUCCGAAAAGUAAGCUAUUCUCUCCAAUGAAUGUUAAUUUAAACCUGAAAUGUGUUGAAAGUUAUGGGAAUAAUAAAAUUUAUGACAUCAAUGAUACUGGACCCAAUGAAUAACAGAAUAAAUCAGAUUAAUUGCUUGAAUAACUGAAUUCAAAGUAAAAAAUGGACACCUCACUAUAACAAGUUAACGUAAUGACUGAGAGAUUAAAUAAUCAAAACUUGAUCUUCUAUGCUCCUCAAUAUAUUCCAGAUGUUUAGCAAUUUCUGACAUCCCCCGUACCCAUAGAUAAGAUUGUAUAAUGCACUUUAAUUAAAAACAGGAAGGGCUUUUGCAAUUUCUACCCAAAAUUUGAACUCUAUUUCUCAGAAAGCCUGAAAUUUCUCUGUGCUGCCAAAAGACAAUCGACCAAGAGGAAAUCGAAUUACGUAAUCUCAACGAAUGCCGAGAACUUUAAUUCUAACAACAAAUCAGUAUGUAUAGGGAAUUUGAAAUAUGGAACAGCCGAAAACUCAUUUCAUUUAUAUGACAAUGGCAAUGACCCCAAUAAAACUGAUCAAUUGGAAACCACAAGAAGAGAAUAUGCUGUCUAUUUUUACAAGAAAUCCAGUCUAGGUCUCAAAUCAAUUAAUGUCUUAAUCCCCUCAGUAAUUAAUGGAUAGCCAUAAGAUUUUAAACCCAUUUCACAAAAUCAAGGCAUCUCCAAAGCAUUCAACCAAUCCAAGAAUGAAAACGUGAUGUAGUUAGUCUCAAGGCCUCCCACUUUCAGUGAAGAAAAGAAUGCUUAUUAAUUGAAGUUCACACAGAGAGUGCGAUCAGCCUCCAAUAAAAAUUUUAUUCUCAUUUCUAAUAAUUAAUAGAAUGACGAAGAAUUUUUAAUACAAUUUGGCAAAUGUGGCGAAGAAUAUUACAAUUUAGAUAUAUGCCAUCCUCUUUCAAUCUUAUAAGCAUUUGCAUUAUGUAUAACUUAGUUUGAAAUCAAAUUAGAAUGA